GUGGCAAGCGCACUACCAGUUGUUACCUGGCCAUUGAGCAUUGUGCUAUGAUAUAUAAUUGAUCUACAAGAAUGAAAUAUUCACAUUGUAUAACCAUUCUGGCUUUCUACACCAUAUUGAUAGGAAUUGGUCUCGCUCAAAAACGUAAUGCCGGGCGAGGAAAAGUUAAGAGCAAUCUCAGUGCGGCCAGACAGAAAAUUAUUCGUUGUUGUGGAGCACAGUCGUGCACUAGAUCGGAUGCCAUUUUAAAAACGACAGUAAUUAAUGAUUCUACCACUUCCGCCUUCACGCCGACAUCGAGAGUGACAAACAAUCAAGCAACAAAUCAUGCCCAAACCAUAGUUGACACGCAAUUCUCCGAUACCAUCGAUGCACCUGUUCAACCAGAGGAAACCACGCCAAUCAGCAAUGACAUGAAUGCUGCUCCGAGUGAACAAAAUACACCCCUAGAAAUCACUACUCCGGUUCAGAAUGAAACUCCAGCCUCAUCUUCGUCUCCAGAUUCGACAACUGCAGUUGAAUUUUUGCAACCGAGCACUGCUCAAGAAAGUAUUCAAAUGCAAACCUCAACGCAAAAUUUACCGACCAUAAAUGGAAUGAAAACCGAAACAACCAGUGAAAGGGGAAUGCCAGCAAUCGUUUACGUAAAACCGACUCAAGCAUCAACAAUAGCGCCAGAGGUGUACCCAAAAUGCCCAUCAACAUGCAAACGCGAUGAAUCGCUGUUUGAUCUGGACAAGUCACUAAGAGAUCCAUCUGACCACGGCUUUUGGAAAACUGCUUGUGGAGAUCUGUACGUUUUUGGAAAGAGCUUGGCAAACUGGCAGCAGAACUUUGACAAAUGCUGCAGUCUUGGAAUGAGACCAAUUUACUUCCAGACGGCGGAUAAAUUCAAGUGCUUCAAUAAUAUGAUCGAUGGAUUCAAGUGGCCAUACAACACACGGUAUUGGACAUCGGGUUUGCGCAUCAGUUCUUCAAAAUUUACAUUUUGCCAAACCAACGCGAGCGUAGCAUUGUCUUUUUGGGCCUCCGGGCAACCCAACAAUGUUAACAAAUCGGAAAAUUGUGCCCAACUCAUAAUAUCGCCAGCAUACAACACUGCCCAGUUGGCUGACAAGCACUGCGGAGAAAUCAGUCCUUUCGCCUGCAUGGGGCCGACAACACCAAAGCCAGCCUGCAAUGCGCCUCAAUGCCCAAACAUUAACUGCACUUUUAACAGUGCUUACUUCACAUUCAAAGACGGACCUCAAAUGAUCAAAUAUUUGACAAAACCUUCGAUGCACGGGCAGUGGGUUUCAGCGGCGGGAAGAUAUUUCCUCUUCAGUUACGCAAAUGACACUCGAACAUACGAAAAAUCAUUGGAAGCAUGUUGCUCAAUCGGGCUGAAGCUCAUCAGUUUGCAUCAAGAUUUCACUUUCGAUCAAUUAAGAAAUGCCUCCAUAUCUGGGAAGAUAUCUCCAGCACAGUUUUGGACAUCCGGUACUGAUGCAGGUUGCGAGGGAAACUUUGGGUAUUGCUCGUCAAACAGACUUCUUAGAAAGGAAGCAAGAUGGGCCGUCGGACAGCCAGAUAAUGUCAACAAUAGCCAAAAUUGCCUGGCAAUCAAUGUCGAUGCCACAGGGACUCAACUGAGUGAUGAGAAUUGCAUGAAUAAAAUGCGCUACAUAUGCGAAGGGAAGUCACCGAGGAGCGUCCAAACGAUCCAGAAGGAGUGCGCUGACCUGUACUCAUUGACAGCUAAAGAAAUAUCAAAGCUUAUUAACGAAUCUUCAAAAACUCUCAAAGAGAGAUGUUUUUUAAAAUGUUUUGGAGAGGAAACGGGAUUUAUGAAGGAUGGAAAGUUGGUUCAAGAAAAAAUACUAGCCGAGUUUCAAUCUCUGUCAAAAGGCGACCUGGACAAACUCACCGAAUCAUACAGCACCUUUGAAUAUUGCACCAAUGUGACAAAGGGAAUGGAUGAUUGCGACAGAGCUGCGGCUCUGAUGAAAUGCGGACAAGACAAUUCACCAGAACUCAUGUCUAGCCUGGUGGUCAAUCUCGAAAAUACAAUUAAAGGUGCCUACGCUGACGAGGCUGUAGUCAUGUCACCAAACCAGACAUCAACCUGCCCUAGUCACAAAUGCGUUGUAGAUCCUGAUUUGAGAGCGACUUUUGAUAGCAAGCCAAAUAAUUCAUCAUUUAAUUCAUUCUACGGCACUGGUAAGGUAGGAAAAGCAUGUGGCAAAAGGAUUCUAGGCUUGAUCAUGCCUACCGCGUUGACAAUUAAUGGAUCCAGGUUUCAUGAAGCUUUUGAAAUUUGCUGCAAAUUUGGACUACGUCUGUUAAUUCUGGAAGAUUUUACAAAACAAAAUUGUCUGCAGAGUCAACCUUAUGUCAUGGAAUUCCCGUUGGGUGAGGAAGGUUACAUGAUCGCUGCUUACUACAUUGCCCCUGCGGUGAACAAUACGGCAGUGAUUUGUCCAACAAGACAGAUGUUGUUGAACGAAACAUCAGUAAGACCAUCUAAUCCUAAAGCAUCAGGAUUCUUUGUCAACAUAAAAACUAGUACCGGUAUAUUUUUCCUGUACCAAACUCCUUCAACCUACAAAAUACUUUGCGAAAGCAAUUGAAUUGCAA